CUGGGAGACAACUUGAUGAUAUAGUACACCAUCCUACCAAUAUCCCAACGGUUUACUGUUGUAUCAGACAUACCGUUCCUCACGAGAAAUUGAAAGACUUCGGUUAAUGGAAGUAUGUUGAUUUGUAGGAUAACAUUCACAGCACCGACUGUGCGUCGAUCCUCUUACUCUACUGAAAUUCUAAAACCAUGGGGAAGAGUGUCUGAGAAACAAUACACCAGACCUCUUGAUGGUAUGGAGGCUGUAAUGAGACAAAUAUCUAUCAGCCACCCGCCUGGUCGCCGAACAUACGACGUUGCUGCCGCUGUCAAAGCCCAGACGCGCCUCACUGCAGAUGAGCUGAUCAAGAAGGGGCGACUAGCCUGGCAGAAUCUACGAUACAAGCAUCCGUUAAUGGCAAGCUCUACUGUCGACAGAAACAGGAUAUACAAUGUGCCAUACGGCAAGGAAUUGGAGGCCUGGACCCAGAAAACAUUUAAGUUCAUGCCCUUAGGUACAGUGGAAAUUCCCAUGCUGCUCCAUCUCAAGGACCGCAACGAAUUUAUGUUGAAACUCGCCCACUGUCAUUCAGAUGCCCAAGGGAUAACUCUGUGGUUUCACGACUUUUUGAAUGAGCUAUCGUGUCCUAAUACUGACACUGUCCGAUGGAAACCAGGAGAAGAGGUUAAGAACCUCCCUCUUGGGACGUGUGAUGCGGUUGAUAUCCCACGGCUCCCACAAUCAUGGGUUGAGGAUCAUCGAGGUUUCUUUCCUAAGAAGCAGCUCAAAGCACCGAGGACCUUAGGCUUAGUGACUGAGCCUGAAGCUUCGCAGCGGCAGUCGGCUUAUGAAUUCGAAAGACACAGAUUCUCGGCCAGAGAGACAAAAACUAUCAUUGCCGGAGCGAGAAAACUAGGCCUCACGCUUACACCCUUUUCCCACACUGCUAUUACAUUAGCUGCCAAGAAGAAAGAGAACCUGCCUGAUGGCGUCCAGCAUAACACAUUUUUGGUUUCAAGCCUUCGAGGACAGUGUAAGGGGCCGCCUGAAUUGGGUAGUCAUGCGGUUGGAUUGCGCUUUGGAUUAUGGCCGAUUCAAGUCGGGAUUCAUGAGUUCUCAAGAACGUCCAAGGCGUUGAUGAAGUGCUAUUCCUCGUUUAAAAACAAUAUGACAUCCAAUAUGGGGGACUGUUCGCCCUACAUUCAGGCUUCAUAUGGCGAGAUUGAGCUAGACGAUUACUGGGCAAUCAACCUUCCGGCCAACUCGUCGGUCUUCUUCAUUAUUGAGACCCGACUGGGUCAAUUGGAGAUGAGAGCUUGUUAUAACAGCGCUUUCUAUGAUCCUCCACGAAUUAGGUCUUUGAUCGACUCAGCAUGCAAGAUUUUUUUGGAUGCCUCUACUUGUCUACGAAACCACGCUAUGGAUGGUGGCAUGAAAGCAAUACAUUUUCUUUCCAAGAGUCAUGACACAUGUAUCGGAAGUCAGAAGACACCGAGCCAGAACAAUGACCAGAAUCUACAUGAAGUUCAGACAACCCCCGACACAAGAUCCUCUGGCAGCGCGGCAGCAGCAUAA